AUGUGUCACCUCUGUGUCACCUGGCCCCUGUCCUGGCACCAGCGGGGCAGCCUUUGCACCCCCGUGUUGAGCGCCCGGCAUUGCCUGGCACGGGGCAGCUCCGUCCUGCGGCUGGGCCUGCAGGAGGCCCCUGCCAACCCCCCCGUGUACCCGCAGACCCUGCCGCUGCCCCAGCCGCCGCCCUACACGGACGCACCGCCCGCGUACUCCGAGCUUUACCGUCCCAGCUUCGUGCCUCUGGGGGCCGCCACCGUCCCCACCAUGUCCGCGGCGUACCCGGGCACUUCGGUCUUCCUGCCCGUGGCCCAGUCCGUGGCCGUGGGUCCCAUCGGCUCCUCCGUCCCCAUGGCCUAUUACCCCGUGGGCCCCGUGUACCCCCCAGGCUCCACGGUCCUCGUCGAAGGCGGCUUUGAUGCGGGAGCCAGGUUUGGGGCCGGCGGGACGGCCAGCAUCCCUCCCCCCCCUCCUGGCUGCCCCCCCAACGCCGCCCAGCUGGCCGUCAUGCAGGGAGCCAACGUCUUGGUGACGCAGCGGAAGGGGAACUUCUUCCUGGGAGGCUCGGACGGCGGCUACACUAUCUGGUGAAGAAGGAAGGGGCCGGGGGGAGAGGGGGGGGGGGCUACAUUUGUGUAAGGAAAGACAUCACGUACCGUCAGCACUUCUCACGCUGUAACUGCUUUAGUCCAUAUUAACCCGAGGCUGCAGAUCACACACGCCGCCGCGAGGUCUCUUCCUGGCUCGGCGCAAAGCGAGGAG